UGGAGUCCACCGGCACACGAGCAUCUGCGGGAAUGGAGUGAACGGAGGGUGUGUAUUGGGCUGGAUACGGCAAAGAAAGGUCACAUCUGCAGAUUGAACUCGGGUAUUGUUGAAAACUGCAGUGUAACAAAAAUAAACAUGGACUGUAAGGAGGAGAUCAGUGACUCUGAUAGCGGGAUCAUUUUGAACUCUGGCCCAGACAGUCCCACGUCUCCGGUGAAGGACCUGAGCACUCACACACGUGCCAUGAGGCUGAAGCAGCAGGCCCUUGAAGACAGACUGGAGCUUUGUGUUCUGGAGCUCAAGAAACUCUGCAUUAGAGAGGCUGAGCUGACUGGAAAGCUGCCCUCCGAUUACCCUCUCCUGCCUGACGAGAAGCCUCCGCAGGUCCGGCGACGCAUCGGAACCGCUUUCAAACUGGAUGAGGGUUUCAUUUCGCAAGAUGGCGAGGAGUCUGAGCUGCACGCGCUCGAGGCCGAUCUCGCCCUGCAGCGGCAGAUUUAUGAGGCAGCCCGAAAGCUAUCCCUCGAGGAGCACAUCAGCAAACCGGUGAGGAAAAGCCGACUGCAGCAGUGUAAACGUGAAGAGAAGAAGCUUAAAGAGCUUCAGGAUGCGAUACUGAAACACCGCGUCAACCACGGCUGUGUGUCUCCACAGACCUGCUAUUCGUCCAGGCAGAGAGAUCUUUGCAUGUCUGAUGACAGCUCGCUGUCUGACGCUGUUGCCUUGGAUGAUGACUCAGACUCUGCUCCCUUUUCUACGGCCGUUCUGGGCUCUUCCACGGACAGCGGUUUCCAGUGUCUGACACUUUUACCCAAUAACGGCCCGAAGCAGUCAAGCUCCAGCUCUAGUCUGGACUAUGAUGCUUCACCCAUUCAGAACUCUCCAUGGAAGGAAUCCAGCUUGGACCAGCCCUACCAGAAACAAAAACCAUCGCACUCUGCCUGCAGCAGCCGGUCAAGCAGUCCAACAGGCUCACCAGCAGACACAAGAAUGGCAGAACUUCCUCCACCACCCCAAUUUGUGUUUAAGAGUCUGCCGGUGCGAAACAAUCAGCCAAACAGCGCCCCCUCCACCCCAGAGCUGCCACUGCGCCGACAGUUCACACAGUCCUUCAGGCUUCCCAGAAGCAAACCAGAAUUGACCAAGGCCAGCUCAGACCUGGGACGGGGCCGGACCAAAUUGCCACGUCGACGAGUGACUGAUUUCGCAUUAGCCUACUCAGUUCAACGUUUAUACCAGUGCAGCUCUGAAGACAGCAGCUCCGAGCUUUCCAUUUCCUCAUACAGCAGUUCCUCCAGCCGAGAGACGACCAACGAAGCACCCAAACCCUGUCCGCCUCCAUACGGCUACCAUCGCAUCGUUCCAAAUAAAGCACCGGUCCAACUCAACGCCCACAAUACACUCAAAAACAACAACAACAACCCACCUCAUCUCAUGCCUGGCCCAAAUCGAGUAAAGAUUAGCAAUGGGACAUCACUUCAGGCAGACAUGGGGAGGAUGCAACUCGGACCAAAUUCACAGUGUGAUCCUUUAAAAACAAAUAAACCCCAACAAGAGGUUACUUCACCCAAACGAGUGCUCAAACCUCCCCCGCCGUACACAAAGGUGGUCCGCACGACAUCGCUAAGAGAGUAUCCCAACCACCCCAGCCGCGUGCUUCCUCGAGAUGUGGUAUCGGGGGAGCUUAAAACCUGGCACCAGAAAAACAACAUAGCCAUAUCCAAACCCCGCUCACUUGAACGGCAAGGAUCGAUUCGAAUCAAGCGCCCAGAGCCGCCACCCUACCACCACAUUCCCUCUCAUAAACAGGUGAUUCUGCAAAGGGCUUCGGAUGGAACACCGCUGCAGUGGUAUGAAGAAGAAGACUCUGAGAUUGUGAGUCAGGUGUAACCAGGAAGCAGAAACCUGGAGGAAAUGAAACCGAGAAUAAGUGAACUCUCAUUGUACUCGUCUGUAUUUUUAUUUAUUGAGCCAAUGGACUCACUGAUGUAGUUGGAGCUGAGCCAGUGAAGUAUACGCCUCAAUUCCACAUAUGCCUACAUUUGUGAUUACAUUUCAAGUCUAAGACUUCCUUGUAAGGCAUCAUGCCAGAUAUUUAUGAUGAAUGUGUAAUAUAAUUGUGAAUUUAUUGAUGUCAGGAGAGAGUGUGGCCCACCUUUUGCAAAUGAACGCCCUCAUUGAAAUGACAUCACUUAGUACAUAUUUGUGUCUGGUACACGAUUCUUCAUGAAGAAAGUAUUACGUAAUGUCUUAGUUUCCCCAUGAUUUUAUUUAAUUUAACACAUUAUGAAUUAAUAUAUUAUUUUUCCAUAUUCUUUUUUAUUUUUGAAUUAAUAUUGCCCCUUUCCUAACACUUUUUUAAAUUAGUGAAAUGUUUCAAGAAGUGUUGCUCUGCUACUGUAAUAUGCAUUGUAAGAAUAAUCCAUCUGUGAGUUUUAAUAAUACCAAAUGCAGAUGUUUUACUUCCUGUUUGUACACUAACUAAUUAUGAAAUAUAUUUUAUAUUAUUUAUAAUACACUUUAAUAAACAAUAUCACAGAUCCUCA